AUGACCUCAAUAUGCGUGGUUGAAGAACAGUCGCCCAACACGAAUCACAUAACCCUUGAGACAAUCGCUCGAAGUGAACAGCAUGGAAUAGACAGCGUAUCAUAUCAGUCUCCCGAUGGGUUCCCUGCGCUCGAGAAGUGGAAUCAGCCACCAAUCAAUAUAUAUCGCUCUCUGGCAACUUUCUGGAGCUUUCUGGUUAUGGGGGCCAAUGAUGCUGCUUACGGUGUUAGUGUCCUCGCAAGCUGCUCUCUUGAAUCAUACUAUCACCUCACGUAUACCAUAGUGUCUCUGGUUUUUUUAUCGCCACUGGUAGGAUAUACGCUGGCUGCCUUUCUAAAUCAUCGCAUCCACACCUCCCUCGGUCAGCGAGGUGUGGCUUUCAUAGGACCUGGAUGUCACCUCAUUGCCUAUGUGGUUAAUUGCCUGCACCCGCCAUAUCCUGUUCUAGUGGUCUCCUUUGUCUUCGCUGGAUUUGGGAACGGCCUGGAAGAUGCCGCGUGGAAUGCAUGGAUUGGCAAUAUGGCGAAUGCAAAUGAGGUCCUUGGUCUCCUUCAUGGUAUUUACGGGGCUGGCGCCGUGUUGAGCCCAUUGGUCGCGACAUCGAUGAUUACGAGGGCCAAACUGCCUUGGUUUUUUUUUUAUUAUGUCAUGGUGGGCUGCGCGGUCAUCGAGAUCGUUACCUGUAGUGCCUGCUUCUGGAAGGCCACUGGUGCCAUUUUCAGGGCGGCCACCCAAUCUGUCGGGCAAAAUCAGAAAGGUGGUCUUCGAUCUGCUCUUUUCAAACGUCCCUCUGCCCGAGUGACCUGGCUGUGUGCGCUAUUUUUGCUGGGCUAUGUCGGAGUGGAAGUCGCGCUUGGUGGCUGGAUAGUAACCUUCAUGAUCCGAGUUCGGCACGGAGAUGCUUUUGCCAGUGGAAUGACCGCGACCGGGUUCUGGCUGGGGAUCACAGUGGGACGGAUCAUCCUAGGUUUUGUAACUCCGCGGGUUGGCGAGAAGACAGCAAUCGCGGCGUAUAUUCUGUUCUCGAUGGUAUUUGGGGUAAUACUGUGGCUGGUGCCUCAGUUUUACGCGUCAGCUGUCGCUGUCUCGCUCCAGGGCUUCUUUCUCGGGCCCUUAUUCCCAGGUGCAGUGGUAAUGGUUACGAAGCUGCUGCCACGGCACCUACACGUGAGCUCCAUCGGGUUUUGCGCCGCCUUCGGUGGUUCUGGAGCCGCAAUUCUUCCCUUUGCUGUAGGUGCCAUGGCACAGGCCAAGGGGGUACAAGUGCUGCAGCCAUUCAUAAUUGCCUUGUCCGGGGCAAUCUUUGUGGCCUGGCUUGCAUUACCUCGUGUGUCUCGGGUGCAGCGGAGCGAAUGA